GGUGGUCAAUGGUACCAUCAUGGCGAGAGACGUCAUCUACGUGCUUCUCCUCGUCGCGAUCCCGGCCCUGAUCCUCCUUCAUCUGGCCGUCGCCCCCUACACCAAGGUCGAGGAGUCCUUCCAUGUCCAGGCCAUCCAUGACAUCUUGUCCUAUGGCGUCCCCACUCGCAACGUCUCCGAGACUCUCCGCGCCAACUAUGACCAUUUCGCGUUCCCAGGGGCUGUGCCCCGGACGUUUGUCGGCGCACUGGUGCUGUCCGGGCUGUCGCAGCCCUUCAUCUGGUUGAGCGACAAGGUCGAUCGACAAUUCCUAGCGCGAGCAAUCCUCGGCCUUUUCAAUGCCGCUUCGUUGCUCUCAUUUGCGUCCGGGCUGCGACGCACCGCUGGCAAGACCACGGCAGUCUGGUACCUGCUCCUCCAAGCCAGCCAGUUCCACGUUCUCUUCUACGCCUCGCGAACACUAUCCAACAUGUUCGCCUUCGGUCUGACCACUCUGGCCCUGCGAUAUCUCCUCCCCGAGCCCGUCAGCCCCGAGGUCUACAAGAAACGCUCCCGACUCUCCCUCUUCCUGUUGACCGUAGCCGGAAUCAUCUUCCGCUCCGAGCUGGCGAUUUUCCUCGCAACCAACACCCUCUUCCUCUUCGCGACCAAACGCAUUACCAUUCAACGCGAGAUUAUCCCCGCCGGAAUCCUGGGUCUGCUCGUCGGGCUGGCCUCGACCGUCCUGGUGGACUCAUUCUUCUGGCAACAGUUUCCCCUAUGGCCUGAGCUGGCAGCUUUCAAAUUCAACGUCAUCUCCGGUCAGGCAUCAGCCUGGGGCACGGAUCCCUGGCACUUUUACUUCACCAGCGCUAUUCCACGUAUCCUCUCUAACCCGGUUCCCGUGGUCGACAUUGUCGGGAUCGCAGUCGCCCUAUACCAGCCCGCGACCCGCUCCCUCGCAGCGUACGCCCUCAUACCGUCCCUCCUCUUCAUCGCCAUCUACAGCGCCCAGCCGCACAAGGAAUGGCGCUUCAUCAUCUACACCAUCCCCGCCAUCACCUCCGCCUCCGCCCUCGGCGCCUCCUACAUCUGGACCCACCGAGCCAAGUCCCUCCUCUACCAACUCUUUUCCUUGUUCAUCCUCGCCUCCACCCUGCUCUCAUUCGCCCUCUCCACAUUCGUCCAACUCCCCAUCUCCUCCACCAACUACCCCGGCGCCAACGCCCUUCACGCCCUGCACUCGCACGCCAACCCCAACCUCAACCCCAACCUCAACCCCAACCUAAACACCCCAGUCAUCUCCGUCUACCUAGGCAACCUAGCCUGCCAAACCGGCGUCACCCGCUUCCUGCAACACCCCUCCUCCACUUCCCCCAACCCCCCCGCCGACUCCCCAAUCCCAGUCUGGAAAUACGACAAAACCGAAGACGAAGCCACCAAGUCCUCUCCCUCCUUCUGGUCCCAAUUCGACUAUCUCGUCCUCGAGCCAGACGAGGCAGCCACGGUCCUCGCCCUCACCACUUCUCUGAACCAGAACCAGUGGGAAGACAUUGACACCGUGGACGGCUUCUCGGGCGUGAGGAUACUCCGCCCCGGUCAGCCGGCUGGUGUAUUGGAGGAGAGAUUCGUGAGGAGUAUAUUGAGUCCCAAGGUCGCUCAGGUAUGGAUGUCAGGUCGGGAGUUGUUCAGGAAAGUGGUUUCGAGGGGUUUGUGGGUUGAGUUGGUCAUGGAGCCAAAGAUUAGGGUUCUGAGGCAGGUGAGGGGGGAGUGAGUGUGUUGAGAGAGUGAUUGUUUGAUUAAUUGAUGGAGUGAAAGAGUGGGAGUAG